AUGUCAGCCGAUCAUUCUAGAGAUCCUUGUCCCAUUGUUAUUCUGAACGAUUUUGGUGGUGCCUUUGCCAUGGGUGCCAUCGGUGGAUGUGUUUGGCACGGUAUCAAAGGUUUUAGGAACUCUCCGCUGGGUGAGAGAGGUCCUGGUGCUAUGAGUGCUAUCAAGGCCCGUGCUCCCGUGGUUGGUGGUAACUUUGGUGUAUGGGGUGGGUUAUUUUCUACAUUUGAUUGUGCUGUGAAAGCGGUGAGGAAAAGAGAAGAUCCAUGGAAUGCCAUUAUCGGUGGUUUCUUUACAGGUGGUGCUUUGGCUAUCAGAGGUGGUUGGAGACAUACUAGAAACAGUGCUAUCACAUGUGCAUGUCUACUGGGUGUUAUCGAAGGUGUUGGUUUGAUGUUUCAAAGAUAUGCUGCUUGGCAAGCCAAGCCUAUGGCUCCACCUCUACCUGAAACUUCUUCACCACAACCUCUACAGGCUUAG